AUGGUUAAGCAAAUGGUUCCUGUGAAGAAAACUAUUCAAACUAAAGUAAACCUAACCAAAAGAAAGUCAGCUGAAGAUGAUAAUCAGAAUGUUGAAAAGAGACAGAAGAAAAUAAACAACACAUACACCCAUCUUCUAGAACUAGCUGAGCAAAGACAUGCUCUGCUUGAAGAUUCCAUCAGGCUGUUUGGAUUUUACCGUGAAUGUGAUGAUUUUGAAAAGUGGAUCAAAGACAAGGAGAAAAUGCUGCGAACAGAAGAUAGAGCAGAUAGUGUUGAAACAGCAGCAAAGAGAAAAUAUGAGAGCCAAGCAAACAGCAAGGUGCGGUACCACUGUGUUCUGCACCCUCCAACAGACCUGAUAGCUUCAGCAUAA